AUGGCUCUAGCCCCUGGUGGUAAGGAGCUUCCAUGGUUUCUUGCCGCUGACUGGGAUGAUCAAGAUCUCCAACUUGGAAAGGCCGAUGGAAGCGAGGACGCUGCUUUACACCACGUGGCCAUAGCGCCGCGCCAUGGAUUGCCAAAAAAGGAUGCGGCGUGUGAAGCUGAGGGGGGAGCCGUAGAGUUUUUCACAGAUGGCGAUCAGUUGGCACCAGAAUCAUCAACAUCAUCGGAUAGAGAAACUGCCCUGGAGGAACCCCCACACUACUCGCUGCUUGGAACUGCUGGAUUUUACGCGCUGAAUUUGCUGUUAACAGCUGCAAGAAAAGGGUGCUUGUUGUUCACCCUCGGGGAUCGUUCUGGAUGGGCGGAACGCUCGCGACGAACGACGGAUGAAGCUCCCGACUGCGGGAUGUUGUCAGUUUGGCCCAAGAAUGGAUGUAAACCACUGUGCCGUGAUAUGCUGCCACUGAACAAGAUCUUGAACCACCCAGGCCUGGCCGCGCUGCGUGAGCUCCAGCGCUUCCGCCGCGCGCCACAGACGGCGCUGCCGCUGCUGCAGAGCUUCAAGGGCUUUCCGUGGCAGGCGGUGAUCUUGCUGAAGGCCUUAAGGCUACACCAGGACCACCCUUGGGAGCAGUUGUUUUCCUUCUCCAAAUUGGUUGACUGCCCAAAGUUGGAUGCUUGUGGAGAUCGUGCCAUGGCUGCACUUUGCAAACAGUUGAGGCCCAAGAGUGAUAUCUCUGCCAACUUGGGAGAUGUCUUCCAUGUGAACGUGGUCUUGGACAUUUGUAGCAAGGCAGGAGCGUGGGCUCUAUCUUUGGCCUCUGCCGUGCAAGCAGAAGCCGAUCUGCCACUGGAUGCUGUGAGUGCCAUGGCCCCGAAAUGUUUUGGCAGCUUGACGCAUGCGUGCGCCUUGCGCGGCCGUUGGAUGCAAGGCUGCCACGUGAUCGACUCGAUGUGUGCACAGGUCAACCUCAUCACCUAUGGCAGCUUGCUACACGGCCUGGCUGGGGCACGGCGCUGGGCCUAUGCCAUGCAGCUGCUGCAUCUCUUGAGGCAGUUGGCGUGGAUAGUGGAGUCUUCGCAGAGUUUCAGCAGCGUCCUGAAUGCCUGCGUUGGGCAGUGGCCCCAGGCCCUUCAGCUCUUGAGACCUUCCGCCAGCGUGUUCGAGGUGAACGGAGUCAUCACCGCUUGCGAGAAGGGUGGCGUCUGGGAGCUGGCAGUGCGGAUCCUCGCGGCAUCCUCACAGUUUAAGGUGGCUCCUGACAUGAUCAGCUAUAGCAGUGCCAUUAGUGCGUGUGCCAACCGCGGACUCUGGGAGAAAGCCUUGUUGCUGCUGUUUGAGAUGACGUGUAAGCGCAUACCGGCCAAUGACAUCAGUUUCAACGCUGUGAUUGGUGCUUGCAAAGAAGAUGGCCGUUGGGCUGAGGCACUCUCUUUACUUUUUUUGAUGGAGGACCAGCAGCAUCCUCCAGACGUGGUCAGUUUCGGAAGUGCCAUCAGCAGCUGCGACGUGGCUGGUCGCUGGGAGGUGGUGUUGCAGCUGCUGACCUCCAUGGCUCAGCGGGAGGUGACGCCCAACAUCUUGUGUUUCAGUGGUGCUCUGCUGUCGCUACGUGGCCUGCGCAGCGCUGGCUGCGCUUGGCGGAUGGCCAUUGAAUUGGUGCGGCGGAUGGACAUGGCUCGGGUGGCCAUGGAUGUGGCCGGGACACAACACGCGUCCUUCAAGGUGACUUUUGAAAGUUAG